GUGUGAUACUGUCUGCUGAGCUGUGUAUCUAAGCUUGUCAUGUGUGAUACUGUCUGCUGAGCUGUGUAUCUAAGCUUGUCAUGUCUGAUACUGUCUGCUUAGCCGUUAUUAGAAAUAUCCUGCUUAUGAAAUAAGUGAUUCUGAUGGUGGACAUAUUUAUGAAAUUGCCGGUUGUGUAAUUCUCUGAUAUAGGAAUGUGUGUUCAUAAAUCUACACGUAAGCCCAAGCAGCUUAACAUAUUUGAUCUUGAGAAAUGUAAGAUGAAUUACAAGAUGCGUGCUGCCCUGCUAGCUACGGCCAUACUGUGUAAUAAUAAGACGAUAGAACCUCUUUCCUUGUGGGAUGCCGCUGUGCUGUGAAGGCCUGAGGCCCGUGCGUCCUCUGACAACUUUGUACUUUCUAUUAGAGUAUUUUUACUAAAUUAGUAGGUGGAGCAUUUCAACCAAAACAAGUCAAUUAACAGAUACCAUCAGAACCGGUGACAUCGGCUUAUAAAUAGAUUGCAAUCACAUGGAAAACCAAUAGAAAAAAAUGGAAGUAAAGAAACUGUGUCACUCAGAAUCCAACUCAUCCUGUAAAGUGGUGUAAAGUCACUUGCCUUGCUCCAUGGAUGACGAUCCCGAAGAAAAGAACUUGACCUACCGAUGUAUCUUUGAUGAAGACUUCAAGUAUAUCCUCCUUCCCGCGUCUUACGCAAUUGUAUUUGCCUUUGGCUUCAUCCUCAACAUCUUCUCCCUCUACAUCUUCAUAUUUCGGAUUCGUCCAUGGAAAGUGGUCAACAUUUUCAUGUUCAACCUGGCGCUGUCAGACUUCCUGUACACUUUGUCUUUACCAUUGUUGGCAUAUUAUUACUCCAAAGCCAACGACUGGCCCUUCACUGAGCCCUUGUGCAAGAUUGUCCGUUUCCUCUUCUAUACCAGCAUGUACUGUAGUAUCCUCUUCUUACUGUGCAUCACAAUUUACCGAUUCCUGGCGGUUUGCUACCCCAUACAGUUUCUACGUUGGGGCCACAUCCGUUAUGCAAGGAUAGCCUCAGUUUGCAUCUGGUUUGUCGUGGUUGUCAUGCAAUCUCCUACGUUUUAUUUCGUCACCACCAGUAGGAAUGAUGGCAGCACCGUUUGCCACGAUACCUCCAGCAUUGAACUUUUUGACCAGUUUGUCAAUUACAACACCGUCAACCUGGCCUUGCUCUUCUGUGUCCCCUUCACCAUUCUCAUCUCUUGCAACUCCUACAUGAUUUAUGUUCUCACCAAGCCAAUAGAGAACAACUCUCAGAACACCAAGUCCAAGAGGAAGUCCAUCAAGAUGAUCAUCACAGUAAUGUUGGUCUUCAUCAUGUGUUUCCUGCCAUUUCAUGUCACCAGGACUAUGUACUACUAUUUCCGUAAAGUGGACACUGCACCGUGUCCCACGUUAGAGGCUGUUAACGUGGCCUACAAAUCAAUGCGACCUUUGGCCAGCGCCAACAGCUGCAUUGACCCAAUCUUGUACUUUCUAGUUUGGAGGUUCAGGUUAAGACCGAACAGUUCUUAAAAUAAGUCGGAGCUAUCUGUGAACUGAUACAAUGUUAUGUAUGAAUAUUGUUAUUAUAUAAACUGGUUUAUUAUACUUUUAA